CUACGACCCUACGACCCCAAACUUCUCCACAAGAGUGAAAAGCAAACGGGGCAACUAUUGGGACUUAGGAGUGGCCCUUUCUCCCCUUGUGAGCAACACCGCAACAGCAAACCAUCCUUCAGGCUUGAGUUUUGUCCCUGCAAUUUUUGAGGUAAGCCAGUCCCUUUGCAGCUCUUCUUUACAAAUAUCAGUCUUUUUUCACCAAUAAAUCAAUCCCUUCAUUUUUCAGUUCAAAAAUUUGAUCUUUGAAAUGAACUCAUCAGCACUUCUCAAAAGGCAGAAGCUCUUAAAAAUCCUCCAAGUCCCAUAUAUUUUCCGUCAAAGGUGCCCGAAACUCAAAGCCCUCCAAAACCCAUGUGCUCAAAUACAGAAUCCUUUAAGGGUUUUAGGGGUUUCGCAAUAUUCAACUCAAUCCACCAAGUUCCCCGAGUACCAAAUGCCCUCUGUCACUUGGGGUGUUGUUCAAGGCAAAAAAGAAAAGCUAGUUAACCGUGUCAAAAUCUGUGAUUAUCUGAAAACCUUAGGCAUAAUCCCUCAUGAAUUAGAGAAUCUAGAAUUACCUUCUACCGUUGAGGUUAUGAGUGGGCGUGUUGAGUUUUUACAGAAACUCGGAUUGACUAUUGAUGAUAUUAAUGAAUACCCUUUCAUGCUCGGUUGUAGCCUGCGUAAAAACAUGAUACCUGUGUUAGGUUACUUGGAAAAAAUUGGAAUUCCUAAGUCGAAACUAGGGGAGUUUGUUAAGAACUAUCCACAAGUGUUGCAUGCGAGUGUCGUUGUUGAGCUUGCUCCUGUUAUUAAGUUUCUUAGGGGGCUUGAUGUGGAGAAGCAGGAUAUUGGAUAUGUUUUACAGAAGUAUCCGGAACUGUUGGGAUUUAAGCUUGAAGGGACAAUGAGUACUUCGGUUGCUUACUUAGUGAGCAUUGGGGUUAGUCCUAGAGAUAUUGGUCCUAUGGUGACACAAUAUCCGUAUUUUUUAGGGAUGAGAGUUGGGACUAUGAUUAAGCCACUCGUGGAUUACUUGGUUUCUUUGGGAUUGCCGAAGAAGAUUUUAGCUAGAAUGUUGGAGAAACGGGCAUAUCUACUUGGAUAUGAUCUUGAAGAAACUGUUAAGCCAAAUGUUGAUUGUUUGAUUAGCUUUGGAAUGCGGAGGGAAGCGAUUGCUUCUGUUAUAGCACAGUAUCCACAGAUUCUUGGGUUGCCUUUGAAAGCUAAGUUGUCUUCACAACAGUAUUUCUUUAAUCUGAAGCUCAAGAUUGAUCCAGAUGGGUUUGCUCGUGUUAUUGAGAAGAUGCCGCAGAUUGCUAGCCUUAAUCAACAUGUGCUUAUGAAGCCCAUAGAGUUUCUUUUGGGGCGGGGACUGCCAUUAGAGGAUGUAGCCAAGAUGGUUAUGAAAUGUCCCCAGUUGGUUGCACUGCGAGUUGAGCUCAUGAAGAGAAGCUAUUAUUAUUUCAAGAGUGAGAUGGGGAGGCCAGUGAAAGAGCUUGUGGAGUUUCCAGAAUACUUUACUUACAGCUUGGAAUCCAGGAUCAAACCCAGGUACCUUAAGUUACAAAACAAGGGAAUCAGGUGCUCAUUGAAUUGGUUCCUAAACUGUAGUGACCAGAGAUUUGAAGAGAGAUUGGAGGGUGAUUAUAUCGAAUCAGAAAGUUUAGGUCCUUCAUUUUGUAUGGGUGGGAAAUUGGAGCUACCAGGUAAUGAUAUUGUGUCAGAUGAGGAAGAUGAGAGUGAUGAUGAAAUACUUUACAGACGCACUGUUUCUUUAUAGGAAAUAUUUGUUCAUUACACUAAUGAAUCAAGUGUAAUUUAAACUGCUAUGCUCUCCUCCAUUUUCCUUGUCUUGUAUGCCUCUAGCUCAGUUCUUUAGUUUCAUAUUGAAUUUUCUCCCUAAAUUCAUUGUUACAAUUACAGUGUGUGCACAGGCACAUCCAUGCUUCAUGUACUUGCAUAGACUAACAGAGUCAUAUAGGCUUAUCUAUUUAUAAAGAUUUUGUGAACUUGGUUUCCUGUUAACCAUGUCUUGUGCUAUUAAUUGUCCGGGUUUGCCUUCACAGUUGGGUUUUGUAAGUUUCUGCUUCUGCAGAAUUUGUGUUGUUGAUUGUUUCAAUGAGAAAUCAGCAAUGAUAUCUUAUAGACACACAGGUUAGUGUCCUUUAUGAGCUUGAGGACUUAUCUAUAGCACUCUUGUAAAGCUUAUGAAAACUACUAGUAAGAUCUUUUCAUGCUUUCAUUUUGCUGAA